AUGGACGAAAUAGAAGGAAGGCCAAAUGAUAGUGAUGCCAACGUGAAGAACAAGGAGGGGAUUAAAAAGUUGCAGGAAGGUUGUUCCAGACUUGUGCACGUGUACUUCAGCGCGCUGCCCGAGGAGAAGGUGCCGUACGUGAACUCGGCGGGCGAGCGCUACCGCGUGCGCCAGUUGCUGCAGCAGCUGCCGCCGCACGACAACGAGGGCCGCUACUGCCACGCGCUCAGCGACGAGGAGCGCAAGGAGCUGCGCCUCUUCAGCGCACAACGCAAGCGCGAGGCGCUCGGCCGCGGCGCCGUGCGCCAGCUCGCCCAGCCGCUCGCCUGCGACUCCGCGGCGGUGGCGGCGGCGGCGGCGGUGGCUGGGGUGCUCCCACGCCACGCGCAUCACCUGCGCCCUGCUCCACACGCUUCCACGCGCCACACACGCCUCCACUCACCGCACAUCCCACCACGCCUUCGCCACCGCGCCUACACCCGCGCCACUCACGGCGACACGCCCCCAGACGUUUCGUCUCGACUCGUGUGCCAUAGCCCCAGCCCCGCCCCUGCUCGUGCCGCCGCCACCUCCGCGUCUGCCUCCAUCCUCACCACCGCCGCCGCAAACCCCUUCUCCUCCACCACCUCCGCUGCCGCCCUCGCCGCCCUCGCCGCCGCAUUUGCUGCCACCGCUGCCUCCGCCAUCACUGCCUGCGCCUCGCUCCCGCGUCUGCCUCCGCCCCCACCUCCGCCGCCGCCUCCGCCCUCGCCGCUGCCAGAGGGCGCCCUCAAAGGGGAGAAACUCUCUGAAUGCUCGGAGGUGCUGGCGAGCGGCGACAUCGGCGUGUUCGCGUCGCGCGCGGGCCCCGCCGCGUGCUGGCACCCCGCCUGCUUUGCGUGCUGCGUGUGCAAGGAGCUGCUGGUCGACCUCAUCUACUUCUACCGCGAGGGCAAGGUCUACUGCGGCCGCCACCACGCCGAGACGCUCAAGCCGCGCUGCUCCGCCUGCGACGAGAUCAUCCUGGCGGACGAGUGCACGGAGGCCGAGGGCCGCGCGUGGCACAUGAAGCACUUCGCGUGCUCCGAGUGCGACCGCCAGCUGGGCGGCCAGCGCUACAUCAUGCGCGACGGCCGCCCCUUCUGCCUGCACUGCUUCGACGCCAUGUUCGCCGAGUACUGCGACUCGUGCGGCGAGCCCAUCGGCGUCGACCAAGGCCAGAUGAGCCACGAGGGCCAGCACUGGCACGCCACCGAGCAGUGCUUCUGCUGCCACACGUGCCGCGCCUCGCUGCUGGGCCGGCCGUUCCUGCCGCGCCGCGGCGCCAUCUACUGCUCCAUCGCGUGCAGCAAGGGCGAGCCGCCCACGCCGUCGGACGCAGUGACUCGAUACUGCCUUGGCCUGGUUGAUUGCAAAGCAGCAUCACAGGACCAAUGA